CCGGCUGUGCAGCAGCCAUUUUGUCUGUUCGGGCAAGUCUACCCCUGACCGUUGCGAACUGCAGUUCCACCUUAGCAAACAAAUUAAAAUGUUGUUUUGGCGCGUCCGUUUCACGUCAACUAUAAUCUAGGGGUCUCAUAAAAAUCGCACAUCUCCCCCGAGGACCGAGGAGGCCUCUCUAACUCGAGAUAAGGCCGCGUUUCUGCGGGAAACACGCGGGUAAGCCGAGCCAUGUCGUGUGAAGAAAGCUACUUGGCUAUCAUACGCUAUCUGACGGAUGAACGGGAACCAUAUGCGCCGGGGACGCCCGGUAACACAAAGAGAAAAAUCCGCAAAGCGGCGGCGUGCUACGUGGUGAGGAGCGGGACUCUGUUUUACCAGCGUCGGCAGAAAGGCCAGAAUGAGUUCACCGAGCUGGAGGUGGUGCUGCAGGACAGCCGGAGGAGGGAACUCAUCCACCAGGCGCACGUUACAGAGGGAGGGGAGCACCUCAACCAGCAGCUCACCUGGGAAAUCAUCUCCCAGAAGUACUGGUGGAGAGGUAUCCUGAAGAAUGUCAAAGACCACAUCAGGGAGUGCGCCCAGUGUCAGAGCAAGCGCAGCGUCGACGAGGGCUCCGGACCUCGGCCCUUCUCGCGGCAAGGGAGGCGGAAGCUCGGGCCAAUGGAGGAAGAGGAUGACGAGGAGGAGGAGGAGGAAGAGGACUUUUUGUUCAUGACUGACGUGUCUUCCCAGAGACCCAAGUUGGCCAAGGGGAUGGCCAAGCAUGAAGUGGUGUUUGUGGACAGCAAGGGGGAGGUGAACCAGUUCCUGCCCAAACACAGCCAGACCAUGUUGGACAAACUCAACCAGCAGCGCCUCAGUAACCAGUUCUGCGACAUCACGCUGCUGAUCGAAGGGGAGGAACACCGCGCCCACAAAGCCGUGCUGGCCGCCUGCAGCGAAUACUUCAACGAGCUCUUUUUUGAGAAGGGGGCUAUGGCCACCCACGAAGCUGUGGUGGACCUGUCUGGUUUUGCCAAGACCAGCUUUCUGCCGCUGCUGGAUUUUGCGUACACCUCUGUGCUCACGUUUAAUUUCUGUGUGAUGGCCGACAUCGCCAACCUCGCCCGACACCUGCUCAUGACCGAGGUCCUGCAGAUAUGCGAGUCUGUGCACAGGCAGGUGGAGGAGCAGAAGCUGACGGUGUAUCAGAAAGGAGACGUGCACACCGUGGUGGCGGGACCGGUGGUCACCAAGGAGGAGCCCGAUGCCUACAUGGUGACCGUCCAGGGCGACGAGAGCGCCGUGGUCACGCAGAGCGCCGUGGCCGUUUCAGGUGACGCCUUGGCUUUCAUCGAGCAGCCCAGCGAAGCCUGCAUCCAGCAGCCAGUGGCAGUUCUCACUCACGUAGUGGAGGGCGACGCAGUACACGCCGCCGAGGCUGGACAGGGUGGGACUGUGGCGCUGAUCGCUCACAGCGGGGAGGUUGAGGCCGGCGAGACCCUCACGCUCAUUUCGGGAUGUGCCGAGGGGCUGGAGGGCGACACCAUGACUGUGGUUACCCACAGCGGGCAGGCCGGGGCCAGCGAGUCCCUCGCUGUGGUGUCGGCCUGUUUGGCCAUGGAGCAGCCACAGGCCGCCGAGGCCGGGGCUUUUGUGAUAGACGUGGACUCGGACAAAGACGGCCACUCAGAGGAAGUCGUGCUGGAAUCUGAGGCGGCUGCUCCCCAGGUAGAAAUGACAGAGGCUCAGAAAGAGGAAGCUGUGCCCGUUCCUCCAAAACGCAAGCGGGGCCGUCCGCCCAAGGUGAAAAAGGUGGUGGAGGAGGAGGGGCCGAUAACACCAGAAGAAGAUCCUUCUGCAGACGACGAGCAUGCCGACAAGCAGGAGGGGACCGCCGACGACCGAAGCAAAAGACGACUCCGGCAGCGCUCUAUGGCCGAGGGCGGCUAUGCCCGUCUUCAUAUGGGGCUGGAGGAAGAAGAGGAGGGGAAGAGUACAACUCCACCACCUGCCACUCUCCCAAAGGUACAGGUGAAGGUGGGUCCCAGGAAAAGAGGAAGACCGCCAAAGAGACCGACAGAGGCGAGAUCUGAGGGCGAGGGCGAGGCCGUCAUCGUGGUAGAGGACGGCGCCGUGGAGAGCGUGGCAGCUGCAGAGCUGCAAGCAGAGGAGGCGCCAGCUAAGGGGGCGGAGCCAGAGGCCGUAGCCAGGCAGCAAGGAGCCCCGCCAGAGAGCACCGUGGACGGAGAACACACCUGCUCCGAGUGCGGCAUGUCCUUCCAGAGGCGCUACUCUCUCAUCAUGCACACGCUGAAACACGAGAAGGCGCGCGGCUACAAGUGCAGCCUCUGCAGCAAGGAGUUCCAGUACGCCGCCUCGCUCCAAGCUCACCUGGCCCGGCACAAGCAGCAGAGGAGCCAGCGAGGGCCCGUCCUCAAAGCGCCGGCCGAGCCGGGCCCCGGGGACAGGGCGGAGGACGAGCUGCUCAACAAGUCGCCGUCGUCGUACACCAAGAGGGAGUUCGUGUGCGACAUCUGCGGGAAGACUUUGCCCAAGCUGUACUCGCUGAGGAUCCACAUGCUGACCCACACGGGCGUGCGGCCCCACUCCUGCAAGGCGUGCGGCAAGACCUUCGCCCACAAGCACAGCCUGAAGAUGCACCGCGUGCUGCACGACGUCACCAAGCAGUUCCAGUGCGAGUACUGCAAGAAGACGUUCGUGAGCAAGAGGAGCAUGGAGGAGCACACCAGCCUGCACACAGGCGAGUCAAAGUACCUCUGCAACACGUGUGGCGCCACCUUCCACCGAGCCUCCGCCCUGAGCAAGCACCUGAAGAAGCACCAGCCCAAACCCGAAGUGCGGCCCUUCUCCUGUUCUCACUGCGACAAGAGUUUUUAUGAAGCAAAGGAUCUGCAGCAGCACAUGAACAAGCACAUGGGCCUGAAGCCCUUCCAGUGCCAGGUGUGCGGCAAGUGCUACAGCUGGAAGAAGGACUGGUACUCGCACGUCAAGUCCCACAGCGUGGCGGAGCCCUUCAGGUGUAACGUCUGUGGGAAGGAGUUCUUUGAGAAGGCUCUUUUCAGGAGGCACGUGAAGAAAGCCACGCACGGCAAGAAGGGCCGCGUGAAGCAGAACCUGGAGCGGCAGUGUCAGCAGUGUGGCAGGAAGUUCACUCAGCUCCGAGAGUACCGGCGCCACAUCAACAACCACCAGGGAGUGAAGCCUUUUGAAUGUCUGACCUGCGGGGUAGCCUGGGCCGACGCCCGCUCUCUCAAACGUCACGUCCGGACUCACACGGGGGAGCGGCCGUACGUGUGCCCCAUGUGCCAGGAGGCCCACAUCGACGCGCGCACGCUGCGCAAACACAUGACCAAGUUCCACGAAGACAGCCUGCCUGGCAAGAUCAUGCUGGAGAAGGACACCCUCCAGUUCCACAACCAGGGCACCCAGGUGGAGCACGCCGUCAGCAUCCUGGCCUCCGACCUGCCCCCCGAGCUCAGGCCCGCCCACCAGGCGUCCACGGAUGAGCUGGAGACGGUGCUGAUCACGGAGGAGACGGUGGAAGCCGUGGAGGCUGUCCAGGCCACAACCGAAGGGUCGGUGGCGACGCUUUCUGAUCAGGGCAUCAUGCAGGUCGUGAACUACGUCCUGGCCCAACAGGCCCUGUCUGGGGUCAAGUCGGAGGAGACCCCCGAGGAGAUCCAGACCAUGGAGGUGGAGGUGGCCCAUGUGGCCGAGGUAGAGUGACGAGCCUGCUGGCCCUCGGAGCCGGGCUCUGGACUCCUCUCCGAACUUGUGCAGACUUUUUUACAGUCUGUAUGAAUGCAGAAACCAGUACGAUUCUCUAUGAAACGAUGUAAAAGAGGCCUAUUUUUGUGUCGAUGUACAUUAAUGUAAAUUAAUCUGUCUUUGCGACUUGAGAGACGUGUCAGCGCACAGCUUUGUGGUUUUCUGUAAAUAACUUAACUGAAGCAAGACCUGACCAGUAAUGUGUACGAAAUCAGGAGAAAUAAAAGCAGAAACAACAAACAU